AAAAAAAAACAGCAACAACAGCCAUAACAACUAACUACUUAUGAAACCCCGCCCCUCUCUCUCUCAUAUGCAACCCACCGAACUCUGUCAUGAUCGGCAUAUGCAAACCCACUUUGGAAAAUUCAAAAUCUUGCAAAAACUUUUCCCCAAUCUAUAACAUAAAUAAAAGUCAGACAACCCAUCCUCUAUCUCUCUUCUCCGGCGCCUGCAUUUCCUACUCCGGUCACUUCACAUCUCCGGAAGAAACCGCGAUAGUCUUCACUAGUUCCCCAGACUCAACAGAAUUUCCAAUUCCUUCCUUGCUUGAAUUCGGACUCAAAAUGAGUAAUAGUUUCAUUGAUGACGACCCAUUUCCAACUGCUGAUUCAAAUGUGUUUUGCUAUCUAAAUCAGGAUUGAUCGGAACUAUGAAUGCAAAACCCAAGAGGAGAACUGUAAAGGAGAAUGGGGAUACCGGCGAGGACUUGGUUCUUGCAACUUUGAUUGGGAAUGGCGAGGAUUUGGGUCCCAUGGUCAAGCAUGCUUUUGAGAUGGGCAGGCCCGAAGCACUACUUCACCAACUUAAGUUUGUAGUCAAGAAGAAGGAAGUUGAGAUUGAGGAGCUCUGUAAGCUACACUACGAGGAAUUUAUUCUUGCUGUUGAUGAGCUCCGCGGUGUCCUAGUUGAUGCUGAAGAGCUAAAAAGUGAGCUUGCAAGUGAUAAUUUUAGGCUGCAAGAGGUUGGGAGUUCUCUUCUUCUCAAACUCGAUGAGCUCCUCCAAUCUUAUUCAAUUAAGAAGAAUGUCACUGAAGCCAUUAAAAGAUCAAGGAACUGUGUUCAAGUGUUGGAUCUAUGCGUCAAGUGUAACAAUCACAUUUCUGAAUUGCGGUUUUACCCUGCUCUGAAAACCAUUGAUCUGAUCGAGAAAAAUUAUUUGCAAAAUAUUCCCGUCAAGACGCUCAGGAUGCUUAUAGAGGAAAGAAUACCAAUAAUAAAAUCACAUAUUGAGAAAAAGGUCACUAGUCAAGUUAACGAAUGGCUAGUUCUCAUAAGGAGCACUGCAAAAGAUAUUGGACAAACGGCAAUAAAAUAUGCUGCAUUGGCUCGUCAGAGGGACGAGGAAACGCUAGCUUGUCAGAGGAAAGCCGAGGAACAGAGUUGUUCAGGGUUAGAAGAUUUUCCAUAUACUUUGGAUGUUGAAGAAAUUGAUGAAGAUUCAGUUCUGAAAUUUGACCUCACGCCUCUUCAUCGGGCAUAUCACAUUCACACUUGCCUAGGAAUCCCAGAGAAGUUUCGUGAUUACUAUUACAAGAAUCGGUUGUUGCAGCUAAGUUCAGAUUUGCAAAUAUCUUCCACCCAACCAUUUCUUGAAUCCCAUCAGACCUUUUUAGCUCAAAUUGCAGGGUAUUUUAUAGUGGAGGAUAGAGUCUUGAGGACUGCUGGUGGGCUAUUAUUGGCUAGUCAGGUCGAGACGAUGUGGGAAACAGCUGUUGCUAAAGUGACAUCAGUGUUGGAGGAACAGUUUUCCCAUAUGGACACCGCGAGCCAUAUUCUCUUGGUCAAGGAUUAUGUGACUCUUCUUGGGGCAACACUUAGGCAAUAUGGUUAUGAAGUGGGUUCAAUUCUUGAGAUUCUCAACCAUAGCCGUGAAAAGUACCACGAGCUUCUUUUAACAGAGUGUCGACAACAAAUCACCGAUAUUCUUGCCAACGACACCUGUGAGCAAAUGGUAAUGAAAAAGGAGUCAGACUACCAAACAAAUGUUCUGAUGUUCCAUCUUCAAACCUCGGAUAUAAUGCCAGCUUUCCCCUAUAUUGCACCAUUCUCUUCCAUGGUACCCAAUUGCUGCCGAAUUGUUAGAUCAUUCAUAAAGGACUCAGUCAGUUACUUGUCUUAUGGUGGACAAAUGAAUUUUUUUGACUAUGUGAAGAAGUAUUUGGACAGGCUCUUGAUUGAUGUAUUAAAUGAAGUUAUACUCAAUACAAUUUACAGUGGUACCACUGGUGUCUCUCAAGCAAUGCAGAUUGCUGCAAACAUAGCUGUUCUAGAAAGGGCUUGUGAUUUUUUUCUUCAAAAUGCAGCCCAGCAAUGUGGGAUCCCGAUCCGCUCUGUUGGAAGGCCUCAGGCUAGUUUAACGUCGAAGGUGGUUCUUAAAACAUCAAGAGAUGCGGCUUACCUUGCUCUGCUAAAUUUGGUGAACUGCAAGUUAGAUGAGUUUAUGGCACUUACAGAAAAUGUGAAUUGGACUCCGGAUGAUCCACCGCCGAGCGCACACGAGUACAUAAAUGAGGUGGUUAUUUACCUUGAUACCCUUAUGUCAACUGCUCAGCAAAUUUUACCUCUUGAUGCCUUGUAUAAAGUUGGAAGUGGGGCUCUUGAGCAUAUUUCCAAUUCUAUUUUUGAAGCUUUUCUUAGUGACAGUGUGAAGAGAUUCAAUGCUAAUGCAGUUAUGGGUAUCAACAAUGAUCUGAAGACAUUAGAAUCUUUUGCAGACGAGAGGUUUCACAGCACUGGAUUGAGUGAAAUAUACAAGGAAGGUAGUUUUCGUGGCUACUUGAUUGAAUUAAGGCAAUUGAUAAACCUUCUUUUAAGCAGCCAGCCUGAGAACUUCAUGAAUCCUGUUAUAAGGCAGAGAAACUACAAUUCUUUGGACUACAAGAAGGUGGCUACUAUCUGUGAUAAGUUCAAGGAUUCGCCUGAUGGGCUCUUUGGAAGCCUUUCAAGCAGAGGUGCAAAGCCAAAUUCUCGCAAGAAGUCAAUGGACGUCUUGAAAAGAAGACUGAGGGAUUUCAACUGAGAGAGGUUGCAGAUCUAUUGGGAUUAGAAGCCGCUGAACUUUCUUUUUUAAUAUUUUAUGAUAAUAUUGAUUUUUUAAUAAUACAUAUGAAUUAGUUUCCUUAAAUAAGUUUUUCUUUAUUUCAAAUGUCGCAUUAUUUUUUCAUCAAAUUUGUUAUUAUUGUGUUAAAAUUCCUUGAAACUUUUUCUAUAGAAGGAUCUUGGAUAUAUAAGCUCAAUAAAGCGUGCAUCAUUCAAUA